AUGCCGAGCCCCGCCGGAGGAGCCGGAGCCGCGGCCGCCAGGUCGCCGCUCCGCGCCUGGGCCGGGCGGUACGUGAGGGACGUGGCGACCCUCAGGGGCGGGGAGCGGCUGUCACCGCCGCGGCCGCCGCCCCCCGCCGGAGCCCGGCCCCCUGCGCCGCUGGGCGGGACCCAGAGAGGGAGGCGGGGAGAGAGGCGGGACCGUGCGCGGGGUCCGCCCAUGGGCCGAAGUCCAGCCCUGGCGCGCCUGGGCGGGGCUGGUGAGCCACCCGGCAGCUCGCGUGUGCGCAGCUCUGCGGGCGGGAAACCGCGGGCGCGGGAGCCAGCCGGGUCUCCGCAGUCCCCGACCCGCCCCGCGGCGCAGCUGGGAAGCGCGCCGGUGGCGGCGGCACCCGGGCUGCUAAGCCGGGCUCGCCCUAUGGUGCGCCCCCUUCCCACGCUCUUUCGGAGCGAACCACACCUUCCUGCUCCCUGUACCCCCCCAGCCUCUUCUGAAAGCCUCAAGGACCUGGCCGCCCGCUCCGCUUUCCACAACGGUGUUCUGCUGCGAGUCCGAGUGCGAGCCAGAAACUCCACUGGGAUGCAAGCCCCACGUUUCACAGCUUCACAGUUUGCCUGUUCCAGCUUUUCCUCUUCUCCAAUUUCCUCAACUUAUGAUGGGGUUAGAUAUGAUGAUGAACAGAAGAUCCUUCUAUAAGCUGCCAACAGUGAACACGGAGCUCACCAUCACUUAAACAGAGGAGCUCCCUCACUGCGAUCUACUGAAAGUCAGCCCUCAACACAAGGAUUAAAAACAGAAGAAAAGAAACAGACACACGGUAAGGAAGCAGAUGGUCACACUGGAGCAUAUGGUAAACCAGGACUGUCAGCGUGCAGCAGCACAUGCAGUCACGAGUAUAGGCUUUGAAAACAGAGCAGAGCUCGGAUGCAGAAUCAGCCUCAUAACGGCUGAGUGAUUCUUAAAACGUUAAUCUCUCUGAAUCUCUCUUCUCUGAUCUGUGAAAUGGUAGGAAUAAGAAAAAAUACCUCAAAGGACUAUCAAGGGGAUGAAAUGAGAAAAAGCAAAU